CGGAAUGAUUUUGCUACAGACUCUCUGGAGAGCCGGGAGCCAGAUUCCAGAAGAUCCCCAUAUCGAUGAAAGCAAAGCGAAGCCACCAAGCCAUCAUCAUGUCCACGUCCCUGCGAGUGAGCCCGUCCAUCCACGGCUAUCACUUCGACACAGCCUCUCGUAAGAAAGCCGUGGGCAACAUCUUUGAAAACAUAGACCAAGAAUCACUACAGAGGCUCUUCAAAAACUCUGGAGACAAGAAAGCAGAGGAGAGAGCUAAGAUCAUUUUUGCCAUAGAUCAAGAUCUGGAGGAGAAAACACGGGCCCUGAUGGCUCUGAAGAAGAGGACGAAAGACAAACUCUUCCAGUUUCUGAAACUGCGGAAAUAUUCCAUCAAAGUUCACUGAGGACACCAGGAUGGAUAAGGACGUUAUCCAAGAACAGACAUUUAAAGACCAAGUGAGUUUGUGAAACCUUAACACACGCAGCCUUUUGUGGCUGCCUUGCAAGCUUCUCUUCCGUCAGGACUCAGGACUCCAGAGGCUGGAAAGGAACAGAACAAACUGGUUACAGAGACUCCAACCAAUUUCACGCCUGUGCUGUUACAGUGGAGAACAAAGUGCUUUCAGUAAGGAUUUGAAAACUCUCCCUGCAGGAAAGGACUGAUGCUGGUGUCAGGAGAAGAGUCUGGACAGAUAGAAUGAGAACUGAAACUAAAGAUGACAAAGGGCUGGGGAAAACUGCAGCCAGGUUCCCUUUACCAGGCCCAGAAGGACUUAAAUUCAACCUGAACUUUUUUUUUCUUAACCAACUAGGUAGGGGGAGGGAGGUGGGAGAGGGAAGAGGAGGAAAGAGAAAUUGUUUACUGAAUUUUUUAUUUGAAUUUUAAAAUGUUACCAAGUUUCAUUGUUGUCUAUUAGUAGAGGGUUUUAGAGAUCAUUAAUUGAUUAUUUAUUUGCAUUUAUUACAGUGCCUGAAAAAGUGCACGAUAUGGGUGUAAGUACAAAUUCAAAGAACUGCAAUAACUUCUGCAGCUCAGUAAAACCAUAUACCACCUUCUGGCUUGUAAAGGGUUUUUAUAUAUUUCAAACUGGUUGCACAUAAGUUAAAAUAAUGGGGGUCUACAUAAAUCUGAAGUACUGUGAAAAAAACUUCUAAUUUUUUAAUCUUCUAACAAAUGCUAAGAUAUAAUUAAUUAAAUCUCUUAGUUACUGCAGUAAACAUUAGGAAGUGAAUACUAUGCACUAAAUAGUUUAUAAAGAUGCUAUGUUUUUUUUUAUAAUUUAUUACACAUGACAAAUGACAUGCAGCCAUAAUAAAUUAUUACAAGCUUAGCUACUCUUGGUCUGUGAUGAUUGGUCUGAAAGGAAAAAUAUAAAAUGGUAAAUUUUUAUUAUCACAAAUUUUUAUGAAGUUUUACAAACUAUUAAAAACUUUUCUAAGGAAUUUAAGAAUUAAAGUUGCUCAAAACAAACUCUCACAGGAACUAUCUGAGGAGCUCCUUUGUCCCAACUCUAAACUAUAAGAAAUAGGCCUAGAAAUUCAGAGAUUGACUCAUCAACAUUGAUUAUAUAUAGCCAUUGAAAAACUUCCUUUGCCAUACUU